UAUACAUAAUAUUUCUACCUGUGGACACUGUAAUUUUCCAGCGAUAGGAUAUAAAUCGAUAUCCCUUAGACAAGGGUGGCUCCGUCACUGUCUCUGUCCCAAUUUAUGCGACGGUGUUUGACUAUGCAUGAAAACAAGACUUUGGAGUUUGUGGUCUAAAGUAGGGAAAGUAUGACAAAAUGCAUAUAGCCUCGAAGUCCAACUUCUAAAAGGAAAAGUUUCGAUACCAUUUCUGGACUUCUGAUCAUCGUGGAGAAAACAUUGAUAAAGAAUAUCUUAAGUUAUAAAACAUCAUUUAGAAAGAAAAGAAAGAAAAGAGACAAGACACUCAACACUAACUACAGUAUUUAUAGCUCAUUUAACAGCAAAUAGACCUUUAACCCAUGAUAAACUGCUCUUCUCCACUACUACUACUAUAUAAACUAACGAUCAUUCCACUUUCCCUCGAAGAUAGGUAACAUUUGAGACUCAUGAAUGGCCAUUAAAGGUGUCAUAUGAAAAAAAAUAAAGAGAAUAAAAGGAAAUAUAGAAACCAAUUAACCUGAAGGAGUAGGUAGUUGAUUACAUAUUUAGAUGAUGACUUUAUCCCAAUCCCAUGAUGUAUUAAAUUUUUCCAAGGAACUAUGAAAUUACGUGUCAUGUUCAAGUCCAAACAAAAUAAAUAAUAAAUUUAUUACUGCAUCAAGUUUCAACUUGUUGAACAUUUCUCCCAUUCCUCUAAUAAACAAAUUUUAACUCGUCCUUCCCCAUGAUUUUCUCGGUAGCCUACCUCAUGCCUUCUUAGGUAGAAUCGAUUGAGAAUCAAUUAAGAAAUAUUCCAAUCAAUAAAUUAUAUUAUUCGAGAUCAACUAUACGAAUCACCUAUAUUCAUUUCGUUCUAUUCAGAUCCAUUUGCUUGAAAUUUUUUCUUAUAGCAUUGUCGAGAUAUGGGUGUAAAAUGGGACGAGGCAAAAUUGGAGGAAAUUGAAGCAAAUAAACCUGUGAGAAUGAAGAUCACUGAACCAAAGACACCAUAUCAUCAUGCAAAGACUGAUAAUGAUAAUUUUGAGGAAUAUUGCAACGGUAGUUAUGACGUGGAUGAUGACAUGGCAUCAUAUUCAAGUAAAAGUAGAUCUCCUCGUAAUAAGGAUGAUGACGAUGAUGUCAUGGAACAUGAUGAUGAUGAAGAAGAUGCUGAUGAAGGUUCCGAAGAAUCAGAGAGGAAAAAGAAUUUCAUAGAGCAUAGAAGAGGACAUUAUGAUGAAUAUAAGAGAAUCAAAGAGCUACAAAGAAAUGGAUCCCUUCUUCAAGAAUUUCCUGAUGAUGAUGAUGAUGAUAAUGAUAACGUCGAUGGUGUUUCUUCACCAUCGGCAAAUGGUAAAGAAAAGGCAAAUACUUCUGCAUAGUCAUCUUGUUUUCAUAAAUGUUUGUUUCCUUUUUUCAUUUAAUCAUUUGAUAGUUGAAACUCGCACAAUUUGUGUUUGUGCUAAAUAUAUAGGCGUUAUAAUUUUUUGGUAGUAUGCGCUUUGCAUUCUCAAUAGGACUAUUUAGCACGAAUCUAAAGCUCCCUGAUUCAGAUUUGUGACAGGUAAAUCUACUGAAAAAGGUAAAACGUUUUCUAUUGAAAGAUUUUUCAUUUAA